ACUGACCCAACGCCCUCUUUCACCGUAAUCACAAUGGAAUCCACAGCAAACGGUUCGGCCCCCCCUACCGAUGUGCCCACCGCCAAAACAGCUGCGGAAGAUCUAUCCUCAGCCCCCUCCGCUGCCGCCGUGUCACAGUGGACGUUCGCAAUUUCACAGAGAUUCCAGCACCUCUUGGACAAGUCGACGCCCUUCUUGCUCUACCGGUGGAUCGCGUUCCUCUGCAUCGCCUUCUUCUAUGUGGUUCGGGUGUACAUGGUCCAGGGAUUCUACGUUGUAUCAUACGCCCUCGGCAUCUACAUACUUAACCUCCUCAUAGGGUUUCUCUCGCCGCAGGUGGACCCGGAAUUCUCGGAUAGCCCGACACUUCCUGUUCGGAGAUCCGACGAGUUCCGCCCCUUCGUCCGCCGCCUCCCGGAGUUUAAAUUCUGGUACUCAAUCACCAAAGCCUUCUGCAUUGCCUUUGUGUUGACAUUCUUCAACAUAUUUGAUGUACCUGUUUAUUGGCCGAUUCUCCUUUUCUACUGGAUUGUGCUGUGCAUGCUGACGCUGAGGAGGCAGAUACAGCAUAUGAUCAAGUACAAAUACGUUCCAUUUUCCUUGGGGAAACAGCGAUAUGAUGGAAAGAGAGAACCUUCUGAGGAGAGCGAUAGCUUGCUCCCAUAGUCUGAAAUUCACGGCUUUGUCAUUCUUUCAUUUGGCUGCUUCGGCAAAACUUAUGAGCUUGGAGCUUCUUUGUUUGGCUUCAGAUAUAGAGUAUCCUUUGUGCUGAACGAAGAACAUUUAUGGCGGCCUGUGGAUGACUUGAACCAAAGAACAUUAGAUACCGGCUAAAGUGUUGGGUUUGUAUAAUUAUGGGAUGUGUAAAGUUUUCAUUUUCAUAUCAUACUAUUGCUGUUGUCCGGAGAAGUAGGUAUUUCAAUGACACCCAGACUUAGAAAUUACCCAUAUAUCUUUGUUCCAAGUCCAAGCAUUGUCGCGGCUCAUACACUUUAAAUCAUUUAACCCGUAUGACGAUGUUAAACUGAAGCUGGUAACAAACACAGCUAGCAUCAGCCUUAUGUUCUGAAAAUUCAACUUAUGAAAUCUAUGUUUA